CGCAGCUUGGUGGCGUGGCCACGCCCACGCCUGCGCGGAGACCUAACGUCCGCACAGUCUGUGGCGCGCCUUCCCGGAAGAAGUCAGUACGGGGCUCGGUGAGUGAGGUCCGACAGUAGGACGGCCGGCGGGUGAGUGCACCGAGUGUCCGAAGGACAGCUGUGCGCUGGUGGUGAGGAUGCUGUUAAAGGGGAAGAGGUAGGAUGACGAGGAAAGUUCCCGAAUGACGAGGAAAGUUCCCGAGUCCUUCCAGAGUAAGCGAGAGUUGCAGUGGUUGGUGAGCUGAUGACUCCGAAAAGCUGCGGAUCUUCGGCUCAGAAGGCAGACUUUUUCUGAAGUGCUGAUGCUGGUCGCCACAGAAAAGAAGUUACCAUGGACUCACUUCCAGCGAUUUCCUUGAGUUUGCAUUCGAAACUGGGAGAAAGGCCUGAGGUGAUUUCGUCGGAAGUAUCUGUAAUUCGACCCCUUCCUGGCUAGCCUGCGCGCGAUUGCUGUCCGCGGUGCUGAAAACAGCGGUAUCUUCAGGAAGAAACCCGUUGAGGGCAGGGCAGUAUUUACAUUUUCCUCGACUUUGCUCAGAGACCUACGCUCUGUGUGUGUGAUGAAGGAAGGGCUCAUUUUUUAAUUUUUUUAAUCAGUGCUGGAAACGCAGGCGACGAGCAGACAACCAGCAUUAGUUUCAUAAAAUUUAGGAAAGCCAGUGCUUCAUUCUAAGACUGAUUUUUCAUUCUUUUUUUUUUUUUUAAAUUAUAUUAUUUCGGCUUGGCUGCAUUCUCUCUUUGUGCAGUCAGGAAACUUCAGUCCGUGCACCCAACCAGAUGAUUUGCCUUCAGACUCACAGCCAUCCAAGUAGUUCACUAGACCUCUGUCUGUACUGACCCAGGCACUUCUACCAAGCAGAAAGCUUAUCAAGGCAGCUUUGAUUAAAGAUGACGUCUCUGCUCACUCAAGAAAUUCGCCUUUCUAAAAGACAUGAAGAAAUAGUAUCACAAAGAUUAAUGUUACUUCAACGAAUGGAGAAUAAACCUGCAGAUCAAAACAAGGGAAAGGCCUCACAGACACAAGCAGCUAAUGCUGCUUUACAAAGGAAUGUUAGUCUUUUAAAGGUCCAAGAGGACAGAGUGAGGAGAACGAGAGUGUCCUCCAGCAGGUCAGACACGCAGCCAGUGUUCUUCAGGGACGUCCUGGAAGCCUCCACGGGGCAGCUGGCAGUCACACUGCCACCCAGGAUGGCCAGUACUUGCUGGCCCAGGCCUCUGCUCUUUCCUCUCACAUUUCUCACUUUCCCCAAUGUGUAUGUUUAACACAUGUCUCUGCGUUCUUUGUACCAAUGACCCUUACACUUCAUGUCUUUCAUAUCUUACUUUUUGUAUCCCAGAAAUCGCCACUCCAGCAGCUUAAAAGAUUAAACCCAGCCCAGCCGCAGCUCGAUGGGGAGGGAGGGAUGUAGGCAGGGAGGAGCAAAGACAGAUCUUGGUACUUGAUGCUUUGUGCUCCUUCCUUUUCCUGUUCAGGAGUCAACUUGUUUAUACAGGCUCCCGAGUCAUGCCAUAGAGUCACAGUUAUACCGUCACCCACUGGAAGCUUGUUUUUUAAUUGCUAUGAAAAAUCUCACAACUAUGCAAAAGAAGGGAUAGAAGAAUAUUUCCAUGCACUUAUCACCCACAUUCAAUCAUUGUCAGAACACAGCCAGCUUGUUUUGUCUAUACUCUUCACCUCUACCCCCUCACAUCACUUUGAAGCUAACCUUCAGACACUGCAUUGUUUCACCUGUAAAUAUUUCUGUACAUCCCUUUAUUUCAGUGUCUGUCACUAAAAGAUAAGGACUGUUUUAACCAAAAUCAAAAUGUCAGUAUCAACCUAAGAAAUUAACAAUAAACCCUCAAAUAGCUAAUCAGGUUCCAAAUAAAAUUCAACUUGUAAUUGAUAGGUUUCCUAAAUUUCUCACAGUCCUCCCUGCUCUUUUACACCCACUUUUAAUACAUUUGUUAAAGGAAUUGGGUCAUUUGUCCUGUUGAGUUUCUGGGUAUCGCUACUUCCAUCACUGAGGUACUCAUUUAACAUGUUGCUCUGUUCCCCCUCAUUCCUUUUAAUAUAAUUGACAGAUCUAAAUUGUGUUGUGAAACAGAAAUGUGGUGCAAGCCACAUAUGUAAUUUUAAAUUUCCAAGGAACUAAUUUUAAUAAUGUCAACCUGAACAGAUUAAAUCAAAUGUUAAGACUUCAAACAUAUUUCAAAUGUAAUUGCUAUAAAAAGUUAGUAAAUAUUUUAUAUUCUAUUUUCUUACUAGACCCUCAAAAUUCAGUGUGUAUUGUACAUCACAACACAUCUUAAUUCAGACGUGUAUAUUUCAAGUGCUCAGCAGCUACUUGAGGCUAAGAAAUACUCCAUUAGCAGUGCAGAUUAUAGAGAGGCCUGAGCAGAUUCAGAUUCUAUGUUUUUGGGAAAAACACUUCCAUAAUGCCAGCUGUCUCUCUUUUUUUGGAAUGUUAGGCAUUGAUGAUCACUGCCUAAGUAUACUCAUUAGGGGUUAUGAAAAGCAAUAUUCAAAUUCUUUUAUUCCUUCUCAUUCAACUGCUGAUUAGUUAUAUUAAGAGACACUUGUCCUCAUCAAUUAUUUGAUUACACUGAGGUAUAUUUCAUAGAGGAAUAAGCAUGACGAAUGCUUGAUUCUAUUUAGUUUUCAGAAUAAUAGGUUGGCUCUCUACUGUCCUGCAAAAGUGACCAAUUAGGUGUUGUUGGUUUUGGUUGGUUUUUUACAUUGUUUUGUGUUUUGUUGCUGUUGUUUUUUGAGGUGUCCUGGGUUGGAAAUGUUUCAAUCCAUUUCAGUAUUUAUUCCCGUUUAUUGUCAACUUGUUCCAUUUUAAACAAGUGGGAACCUCUUCAGAUUAGCUCCUGAAUGCCUCUGCUGAGAUCUCAGCAGCAUGACCGUUUCCUUUCUGUUCUGAUGAAACAUUCCAGGCUCAUCAUGUGCAUUUGUUGCUGAGACCUGGAACAGCCACUGUUCCAAGGAGCCCUGGAUCCUUUUGGUAGGAAAUAUGUUUGGAGCCCUCUCUCUGGGUAAUGGUGGUGUUUAUUUUGACCUUUUUUUUUUUUUUU